GGAGACGUUGAGGAGGCUGAGGAGACACUGAGGCGGCUGAGGGGAGUCUGAGGCGGCUGAAGAGAGACUGAGGAGGCCGAGGCGGCGGCUGAGGAGACACUGAAGAGGUUGAGGAGGCCGAGGCGGCUGAGGAGACACUGAAGAGGUUGAGGAGGCCGAGGCGGCUGAGGAAAGACUGAGGAGACACUGAGGAGGUUGAGGAGACACUGAGGCGGCCGAGGAGACACUGAGGCGGUUGAGGAGACACUGAGGCGGCUGAGGAGACACUGAGGAGGCCGAGGAGAGGCUGAGGCGGUUGAGGAGAGACUGAAGAGUCUGAGGAGGUUGAGGAGGCCGAGGCGGCUGAGGAGACACUGAAGAGGUUGAGGAGGCCGAGGCGGCUGAGGAAAGACUGAGGAGACACUGAGGAGGCCGAGGCGGCUGAGGAGACACUGAGGCGACUGUGGAGACACUGGGGAGGUUGAGGGGAGGUUGAGGAGAGAUUGAGGCGGCUGAGGAGACACUGAGGCGGCUGAGGAGAGAUUGAGGCCACUGAGGAGGCCGAGGAGAGACCGAGGCGGCUGAAGAGGCCGGGGAGGCUGAAGAGACCGAGGAGGCCGAGGAGAGACUGAGGCGACUGAGUCUGAGGAGGCCGAGGCGGCCUCUGUCCCCAUGGAGCGGCCCCCGGGGCUGCGGCCGCCCGUCAGCGGCCCGUGGGAGAUGCGGGAACGGCUGGGCACCGGCGGCUUCGGAAACGUCAGCCUCUACCAGCACCGGGACCUCGGCGAUAAGAUAGCGAUUAAAGCUUGCCGCCAGGAGCUAAGUGCGAAGAACAAAGACCGGUGGUGCCAUGAAAUCCAGAUCAUGAAGAAACUGAACCACCCUAACGUUGUAACGGCCUGUGACGUUCCUGAGGAGAUGAACUUUCUAGUUAACGAUGUCCCCCUCCUUGCGAUGGAGUACUGCUCAGGAGGGGACCUGAGAAAGCUCCUUAACAAGACAGAAAAUUGCUGUGGACUUAAAGAGAGCCAAAUACUUUCUCUACUCAGCGAUAUAGGGUCUGGGAUUCAGUAUUUGCAUGAAAACAGAAUUAUCCACCGAGAUCUAAAGCCUGAAAACAUCGUCCUCCAGAACGUUGAUGGGAAGGUAAUUCACAAAAUAAUCGACUUGGGAUAUGCCAAAGACCUUGAUCAAGGAAGUCUGUGUACAUCUUUUGUGGGGACUCUGCAAUAUCUGGCCCCUGAACUAUUUGAGAAUAAGCCUUACACAGCCACCGUGGAUUAUUGGAGCUUUGGAACAAUGGUGUUUGAAGGAAUUGUGGGCUACAGACCUUUUCUGCAUCACCUGCAGCCAUUUAUGUGGCAUGAGAAAAUUAAGAAGAAAGAUCCCAAGCACAUAUUUGCCAGUGAAGAGAUGUCGGGAGAAGUGCGGUUCAGUAGCCAUUUACCUCAGCCCAACAGCCUCUGCCGCCUAAUAGUGGAGCCAAUGGAAAACUGGUUACAGUUGAUGCUGAACUGGGAUCCUCAGCAAAGAGGGGGAGGGAUCGAUAGCAGCACGAAGCAGCCGAGGUGUUUUCUAUUAAUGGAUCAAAUUCUGCACUUGAAGAUUGUACACAUCCUAAAUAUGACUUCUGCAAAGAUCAUUUCUUUUCUGUUGCUGCCAGACGAAAGCCUCCAUUCCUUACAGUCACGCAUCGAGCAGGAAACGGGAAUAAGUACUGGGACCCAAGAACUACUCUUGGAGAUGGGAAUUUCCUUGGAUCCCAGGAAACCUGCUUCUCAGUGUGUGAUAGAUGGAGUAAGGGGCUGGGAUAGCUACAUGGUUUAUUUAUUCGAUAAAAGCAAGAUCGUCUACGAGGGGCCGUUUGCUUCCAGAAGUUUAUCCGACUGCGUCAAUUACAUCGUACAGGACAGCAAAAUCCAACUGCCGAUCACGCAGCUCCGGAAAGUGUGGGCCGAAGCGGUCCAUUACGUGUCUGGACUGAAAGAAGAUUACAGUAGACUCUUUCAGGGUCAGAGAGCAGCUAUGUUGAGUCUUCUCCGCUAUAACGCUAACUUAACAAAAAUGAAGAACACCAUGAUCUCGGCAUCUCAGCAACUGAAAGCUAAACUGCAGUUUUUUCAUCAGAGCAUUCAACUUGACCUGGAUAAAUACAGUGAUCAGAUGGCUUAUGGGAUAUCCUCGGAAAAAAUGCUGAAAGCCUGGAAGGAAAUGGAAGAAAAAGCUAUCCACUGUGCACAGGCCGGUGAUAUUGGCUACUUGGAUGAGCAGAUCAUGACCCUUCACACCGAAAUCGUGGAGCUCCAAAGAAGUCCAUAUGCGAGGCGGCAAGGAGACGUAAUGGAGACUCUGGAGCAAAAAGCUAUUGAUUUAUACAAGCAACUAAAGCAUAGAUCUCCAGAUCACUCGUACAGCGACAGCACGGAGAUGGUGAAGAUCAUUGUGCAGACUGUGCAGAGCCAGGACCGAGUUCUCAAGGAGCUCUUUGGACACUUGAGCAAACUGUUGGGCUGCAAGCAGAAGAUCAUCGAUCUCCUCCCCAAGGUCGAAGUGGCUCUCAAUAACAUCAAGGAGGCUGAUAACACUGUCAUGCUAAUGCAGGGCAAACGGCAGAGGGAAAUCUGGCAUCUGUUGAAGAUUGCUUGUACUCAGAGUUCUGCUCGCUCCCUUGUAGGAUCCAGUCUCGAAGGCGCAGUCCCGCCUCCUACCCCGGCGUGGCUGCCCGCAAGUGCCACGGGAACCGUGCCCCAUCCUUUUUCUUCUCUGGUGACUCCUAAAGAUGGGGAAAACUUUACACAGAUGAUAGAGGAAAACCUGAAUUAUCUCGGCUGCUUUAGCACUAUCAUCCGGGAGGCCAAAGAGGAGCAGGGCAAUAGUAUGAUGAGUCUUGAUUGGAGUUGGCUGAAGUAACGACGGGCACCCGAUUGAACCCAGAUCCCCGAGGGUCCCAGGAGGUGAAGGUGGACUUUCAGAUUAGCCAGUCCCCGGUGCUGUGGGAUGGGCAGCCCCCGAGGGCCGCCCCCCGCCGCCAAACGACCCCGGGUCGGAACCCGGAUCGUGCGGGAGGGUGGGGGGAAACCGCUUAGCCUUCAAGAACGGCAACCGGGUUUUUCAUUUGCUUUAAAAACAAUCUUCCCGUGCACGUUUCGUUCAGCUGUGACAGAGGCACGGUGGUAAUAGUAAUAAUUGUGCUAUGCAUUAGGCACUUACUCUGCACCAGCUGCCGGGCAGUAGGUACAGUCACAUCCGCCACAGUCCCUGUUUCUCGUGGGCCUCGUAUCCCUGCCUCCAGUGGGCAAGUCCCAACCCAUCUUAAUCGAUGGGCCGGGGCGGGGGGUCCUCUGGAAGUACCGCAGUUAUUAUUAUUUAAUAAGAAAAGAUUCGAGCGGGGCCGUGUCGAGGUGAAAAAUCGCAAGUGGCAUCCAAGGCACGUGGUUAGUGAGGAAGGUUCAGCGGACCCCUCUGAGGCUGGCAGUCUGGGGCAGUCGGGCUGGCGUUUGGGUGGAAUCGGACCUGCCGGGUUGUGGAGGUUGGGCGGGAUGGGGGUGGAAUGUCCAGCCAGCGACUCUUAGGUGGGAGCUGGGGAUGGGGGUUGGGGGCGGGGAAGGGCGUUGGAGUGGCGGGAGGGGGCUACGUGUCGGUGGGCAAGGCGGAGCGAGAGGAAGCGUCUGUGGAAGGACAGAACCAUUACCCCCAAUCCCUCCGCCUCGAGGCUAACCAAGCCGGUUCUAUAGCAGCGAGUGGUAUUUAUUGAGCCCUUCUUGGGCACGGAGCAGUUUACCGAGCGCUUCUGUGAAGAACGGCCCACGCCCCUCCUCCUGCUCAUCCACCCGGGAUCGCCCUCGUUCCCACUGGGGUUCUGCUCUGAUUUUCCCCAGGGUUAGGAUUCUGCAGCGGUGCCUUGGGCACCGGCAGAGGUGUAAAAUAAUCCGGAGAAUUUGAAAUGUAAUGUUGCAUCCCGUGUGUAUAUGUAUUUAAAAUGUAUAUUCGUGACACCAGUCGACGGGCAGGUUUGUGUUUUCUGCCGGUCAUUUUGUACAGGAUUGGAAGCUGAUCUUUUUCUAGAUGUCAGUCGGUCUCUGAUAAUCACCGUGGGUUCUCACUUGAGAGACUCUUUCCACCUCUUGUGUAAAUCUACUACAAUUGUGUAAGAAUUCAGAACUCUGUCUUAUUUGUACAAAAGUGAAGGAUGCUUUUACAUUCUAGGGCUCGUAGCUCAUGUUUCCCAAAUGCAUCUGUUCAAGGUUUUAUGCGUUAA